AUGACGACUGAUACAAAGGACAUUGAGCCUUGCCCGGUACUACCAGAAAGGGGAAAGCCGGAGAGAAGACGGACGAUUCAAUUAUACCACUACGGCCUCAGAGAUAGGAAGUUACUAAAUAGCUUUAAUCAAAUUGGCUACCCCUUCGUGGCUUGGCAUCCCACGGCUGGCUCCUCCGAUUCCUCGGGGAUAUAUGGUCAGCCGAGACAAGCUCGCUCUAAGGCCGCCAUACUCGGUUUGGCCGUAGUCGAGGAAAAUGAAGGGUCCGGUUGUGUGUGCCUUCCGAUCUAUGUUGGGGAAGGGAGUGGCUGGCGGAAGACAGAUUCUAGCAUUCAAGCCAAACUCUCCCUGAUUCUCGAGCUGAUUAUCUCCGAGGGCCAUGCAGCCGCAUCUACAGAGGCAAACAGCGCCCUGGGGAGCGUUACGAGAACGGCAGGCCUAGGGAAACCUGCUCGUGGCCUCAAGUGGCGCACAUGCUAG